GAGACAGCUAGAGGCUGAGUCGGCCUUGUAUUGGGUCUGCCCAUCCCGAGGCCGCGGUCUUAGGUUCACUGUCCCGGAGCGGACGAGAAAAACCACAGCUCUGGCCAGCCCCUCACUCGCACCGCCCCUACCCCGGAGGCCCGGAAGCGGAAGUGACGGAUACGGAAGUGCCCUGCUGUUGCCGAGGGGACGGGCCAGGCAGAUGCCAACAUGGCAGCGGUUGGGUCUGGCGGUUCUACCGCGGCUGCUGGGCCAGGGGCGGUCUCCGCGGAGGCGUUGGAGUCUGGAACCGCGAGUGCGGCUCACCGGCGCCUCAAAUACAUAUCCCUAGCUGUGCUGGUGGUCCAGAAUGCCUCCCUCAUCCUCAGCAUCCGCUACGCCCGCACACUGCCUGGGGACCGCUUCUUUGCCACCACUGCUGUGGUCAUGGCCGAAGUGCUCAAAGGUCUCACCUGCCUGCUGCUGCUCUUCGCACAGAAGAGGGGUAACGUGAAGCACCUCGCGCUCUUCCUCCACGAGGCUGUCCUGGUGCGGUAUGUGGACACACUCAAGCUUGCGGUGCCCUCUCUCAUCUACACCUUGCAGAAUAACCUCCAAUAUGUUGCCAUCUCCAACCUGCCAGCUGCCACUUUCCAGGUGACGUACCAGCUGAAGAUCCUGACCACGGCGCUGUUCUCCGUGCUCAUGCUGAACCGCAGCCUUUCGCGGCUGCAGUGGGCUUCCCUGCUGCUCCUCUUCACUGGUGUUGCCAUUGUCCAGGCACAACAAGCUGGUGGUGGGGGCCCUCGGCCACUGGACCAGAACCCUGGGGCAGGCCUGGUGGCCGUUGUGGCCUCUUGUCUGUCCUCGGGCUUCGCGGGCGUCUACUUCGAGAAGAUCCUCAAGGGCAGCUCGGGCUCUGUGUGGCUGCGCAACUUGCAGCUGGGCCUCUUCGGGACAGCGCUAGGCCUGGUGGGGCUCUGGUGGGCCGAGGGCACUGCUGUGGCCCGCCGCGGCUUCUUCUUUGGCUACACGCCGGCCGUGUGGGGUGUGGUGCUCAACCAGGCCUUUGGCGGGCUGCUGGUGGCUGUUGUCGUCAAGUACGCCGACAACAUCCUCAAGGGCUUUGCCACCUCCCUAUCCAUUGUGCUGUCCACGGUUGCCUCCAUCCGCCUCUUCGGCUUCCACGUGGACCCGCUGUUUGCCCUGGGCGCUGGGCUGGUCAUCGGUGCUGUCUACCUCUACAGUCUGCCCCGAGGUGCAGCCAAAGCCACAGCCUCCGCCUCCGCCUCCGGGCCCUGCACGCACCAGCAGCCUCCGGGGCAGCCGCCACCACCCAAGCUGUCUUCCCACCGCGGAGACCUCAGCACGGAGCCCUUUCUGCCAAAGUUGCUCACCAAGGUGAAGGGUUCGUAGCCGCUGGGAUGGAAGACGCUGGCCUGGCCUCCUUCUCUCCUCUUGCCCUGGCCCAGCCAGGACCAAACUCUGAUCAGUAUUAGGGGUGGGGGGAGGUAGACACUGAACCCCAACCUGGUCCCCCCAUCCCCCACCCCGCGCAGGGGGAGGGACACAACUGAGCUCUGGUAAUGAGGGCAUGGACAGGAUCCACCUCGGCCUCCAAGCCCCCCGUCGCCCUCAUAUCCUUGCCACUCCCGCACUAUCUUAGGUGAGUUUUUGCAAAUAAAAUGUGUUUCACAUCUU